AUAGUCAUUUGUUAAUACUGACAUUUGAAGUUCAUCUAGGAGCAACGGUUGUUCUAGUGACAGAUAAUUUAAUUGUUAAAUAAAUAAUUUUACUAUAGAAAAUGCGUGAAUGUAUAUCCAUACAUGGCGGGCAAGCUGGUGUCCAAAUUGGUAACGCGUGUUGGGAACUGUACUGCUUGGAACAUGGUAUUCAACCUGAUGGGCAGAUGCCUUCAGACAAAACGGUUGGUGGAGGUGAUGAUUCCUUUAACACGUUUUUUAGCGAGACUGGCGCCGGUAAGCACGUCCCUAGGGCAGUAUUCAUAGACCUAGAACCGACAGUAGUUGAUGAAGUCCGCACAGGCACAUACCGCCAGCUAUUCCACCCCGAGCAACUUAUAACUGGUAAAGAAGAUGCGGCCAAUAAUUACGCCAGAGGUCACUAUACCAUUGGUAAGGAAAUCGUUGACCUAGUACUUGAUAGAGUGCGCAAGCUAGCGGACCAGUGUACAGGGUUACAAGGCUUUCUUAUAUUUCAUUCAUUUGGUGGUGGCACAGGGUCGGGUUUCGCUUCUUUGCUCAUGGAACGCCUCUCUGUAGAUUACGGAAAAAAGUCGAAACUAGAAUUUGCUAUAUAUCCAGCGCCACAAAUUUCUACAGCAGUCGUGGAACCUUACAAUUCUAUAUUAACUACACACACAACAUUAGAACAUUCCGACGCGGCCUUCAUGGUAGAUAACGAAGCCAUUUAUGAUAUUUGUAGAAGAAAUUUGGACAUAGAAAGGCCUACGUACACGAAUCUGAAUAGAUUGAUUGGACAGAUCGUAUCUUCUAUAACCGCUUCACUUAGAUUCGAUGGUGCCCUAAAUGUGGACUUGACAGAGUUUCAAACAAACUUGGUUCCAUACCCACGAAUACAUUUCCCGUUGGUAACAUAUGCCCCUGUCAUUUCUGCUGAAAAAGCAUAUCAUGAACAGUUAUCCGUAGCGGAGAUUACAAACGCCUGCUUCGAGCCAGCUAAUCAAAUGGUGAAAUGUGAUCCAAGGCACGGGAAAUACAUGGCUUGUUGUAUGCUGUACCGAGGCGAUGUUGUUCCAAAAGAUGUGAAUGCAGCCAUUGGAACUAUCAAAACUAAACGGACCAUUCAAUUUGUGGACUGGUGUCCGACAGGGUUUAAAGUUGGAAUCAACUAUCAGCCACCGACUGUUGUUCCAGGUGGUGACUUGGCUAAAGUACAACGCGCUGUAUGUAUGUUGUCGAAUACAACAGCGAUUGCAGAAGCAUGGUCCCGCUUAAAUCAUAAGUUUGAUCUCAUGUAUGCAAAGCGAGCAUUCGUCCAUUGGUACGUAGGUGAGGGUAUGGAGGAGGGGGAGUUUUCUGAGGCUCGUGAGGACUUGGCUGCUCUCGAAAAGGACUAUGAAGAGGUUGGUAUGGACUCUGGGGAAGGGGAAGGUGAAGGUGGCGAGGAAUAUUAAUUUUUAUACACGCUAUAUUUUUAGAACUAUUUCUGAUGUAACGUAGAACUAAAUUUUGUUUCAGUUUUGAUCUAAUGCAAUAAAUUAUACAAGUAUUUUUUUAUUACUCUU